UAUGUCCCAGAAUCUACGAGAUAUUUGUUGCUGAAGGGAAACAUCAAGGAAACUGAGAGUAUAUUGCGAAACAUCGCUGCUACUAACAAAAAGGAGUACCCGGAAGAGCCUCUUUAUAACCCGAGUGCUGAAGGGAAAGUUCAACAGUUGGGUGAUGUUAGGGAUUUGUUUCGAACUAAAAAGAUGUGUCACAGGACACUUAUAUCCUGGUAUGCCUGGUAAGUGCCACAGGAAUACUAACGUGAUGAAUGCUGUCGCUGACAAGGACAAUUGCUAGCUGUAAUGUAUUCUCCUCUCUGUAUUCUAGGUUUGUAAACGCAAUGGUCUAUUACGGUGUAUCAUUCAGUACUCCAACACUUGGCGGUAAUAUAUAUUUGAAUUUCUUCCUGGCCUCCAUCGUGGAAAUCCCCGCCAAUUAUGUUGGCAUCUGGUCCAUAGGCAGGUGAGUCUUGAGCGUGAAAAUGCAUCGCGCAGAAUGAGUGGACAUCAUCAGCUAUUCAUGACCGCCGAAGCGAAGGCACGAGAGCUUUCAGUAAGCUCUGAGUAAGAGAAGAAAGAGCCUCUUGUGGCCCACAAGCGUUGAUAAAACUCAUUCACACGACUUCGUUAGCUCCAAAAUUACAAAACCACGAACGGAAUAUUGAAAAUGAAUGAUAUACCAAUGAUUUAAGCAAAAGAAAUAAGCGUUUUACGAAGUAGAAGAACUAUCCCUCUGCACUUGAAAAUUGCUCUUUGCAAGGCGGUAAUAUCGCUACAAGGGAAAGACUGUGCAGACUUUAACCAAUUAAAGCGAUUCAGUUCACACUUCACCUGUAAUAUUACAGACCUAUGAUUCUAGCUCGACUGUAAGAAAAUGUCCCGAGAACAAUAGCCAUUCUGCGCGAUGGGCUAUUUUCACACUACACCGGGUUCCUUUUACGCCAGCACGAAAACUAUACCGGAUAGGGGCUCUGUUCGCACAUAAGAACGGUGAUUUCGACGCGAUUUCUGUAACGAAGCAAAGUGGCACCACGCCGAUCUCGAAAAAGGGGCUUCACAUAUUGGAUAGGUUCUGUGUCACUUUUUGGCGCAUUGUGAACAGGUAUUCGGACCGCAGCGGAAGUGAAUAAGUGGGAGCGAGGAUUGGAAUCCACUCAGACGGUUUAGUUAACCAAACCCUCUCGGCCAACCGCUAGGGCAUAAUGAUUCGAUUCGUGUGAACGACUUUUUUCAGUUCUGUGCCGUUGCCGUUUACAUGAAAAGCGAUUCGGUAUCGUGUGAACAACGCCAAAGUAGCUAAACUUCAGAAUAUCCAGCCUUAGCUCCAUUUUUUUUUAUCUCGUUGAUUAACUAAAGGAACUAUUGUGUUAUACGUCGUUCUUUAAAGCGUUCCGACAAGUGGCAGGGCAUUCUGAAGUUUACGCCAUAGUGUCGAUAUUUAACAAUUAUUCCUCGAGCCCGAAUGGGCUCUGAAUCAAUAGCCCAUGGGGCCGAAGGCCGAAUGGGCUAUUGACUCAGAGGCCACGAGGGUGAGUAAAGUCCAACUAGUUGGUCAAAAAUAUCGAGAUAAAACAACCAGCUAGUUAAAGCUAGACUUGAAGCCAUUGUUUUGGUUUUCAAAGCCGUCGCUUUUCGCUACAAGUGGGCUAUAACAUAUAGCCUAGUAGUAGCUCAACCAAUCAGAAGACAGCAUUGAUAAUAGACCAAUGGUUGGUUUUUACUAAUAAGGAGGAUGCAUGACGAUAUUGAACUUUUGGAUACAGGAUCGACAUCCUAGACUGUGGGUACCUUGCUAAAAAGAGACAGCAGAAUUUUUUUUCUUAAACGCCUGAAGUAUUGUACCAAAAAAUAACCGUGACUGGCAGACAUACGUCAGCUUCCUUCUGGCAGUUUUCCAUUAGUACGUCAGCACGAGAAUGUUUUUUGUUGUUGUUGUUGUUUUUCCUUCUUAUUUCCGUUUUUCCCGCCUUAGGUUUGGUCGCAAAAAGCCGCUUGUUUACAACAUGAUACUUGCUUCCUUCGCUUCUGUAGGGGCCGUACUCUGUACAAUGUACGACCCAGGUGCUGACAAAGGUAGAAAUGUUUUCUAA